AUGGACAGAACAAAAACAAAAAUGAAGCAUUCAUGUGCUGACUCUGACCCUUCGCCCAUGUCAAGUCCUGAUGUCCGUGAUGCUACUGACCAGACCCCGGCCCACCUGUCUGACAAACUCCGUCCAUUUUCUGAGCAGGAGGUCUGGGAUUGGGCACCUAACUUGACGGAGACACACCCAUCUGCCCAACAGUCCAGGAAACGGCUGAUGAUGAAAAGUGGAAAGGUGAAGAAAAUGUUCGGCUGGGGUGAUUUCCAGUGCAAAGUGAAGACAAUCAGCCUCAACCUGCUCAUCAAAGGGAAGAUUGUGGAUCACGGUAAUGGAACUUUCAGCGUUUCUUUCCGAUACAACACCAUCGGAGGGGGUAAUGUCUCCGUAGGGCUAGUCCCUCCAACCAAAGUGGUGGAAUUUGAUGCGACAACACAACAAACAGUUCUGCACUCGGUGGAGACCAGGAUGUUUAACUGCAGGGUGGAGUAUGAGAAGGUGGAAAAAAGUACGCAAAGCAAUCGCUGCUGGUACGAUCCGUCACAAAGCUGUGAUCAGGACCAAACCCACAGCUAUGUGUCAUGGCUAUGCUCCAAACCAUUCAAAGUCAUCUGUGUCUAUUUAUACUUCUACAGCCUGGACUACAAACUGGUCCAGAAAAUCUGUCCAGAUUACAACUACCACAGUGAAUCUCCAUACUUCCCUUCUGGAUGA